CAGAGAGGGAGGGCGAGGGAGAGCUAAAAAGAGUGACUCAAAGUGACAGGGAGUGGGUCAGUGAGGUAGAGGGAGGGAGCCACAGGGGCACAGCGAGUGAUACUGACAGAGAGAGAGAGAGAGGAGAGAGAUCCAGAGUUAUGGCGCCUGUGACCGGACCACUGGCGCUCAUGCUGCUACUUCUGGGGUUAGACCGCUACACCUCCUCUGCUGCUGCCGCCAAGAACCGGUGUGACAAGACAACCCUGGUGAUGACCAAGACAGAGUGCCACUCCUGUAGCAUCAGCUCCAACGUGGGCUGUCCAGCAGGCUUCAACAAGAAGAUCCCCGGGAAGGGAAACCCAGACUGCAAGUACCGUGUGAGUCCCAUGGCCAGUCUGGUGCUGAAUAUCAAGGGCUGUUCUCAUGAGUGUUACAAGGAGGUGGUUGAGCCUCACUGCUGUCCAGGGUACUGGGGACCAGACUGCAUCGAGUGCCCAGAGGACGCAGACAGGCCCUGCAGUAAUAAUGGACUGUGUUCUGAAGGCAUGGGUGGCAACGGGAGCUGCAGCUGUAAGCCUGGCUUCGUGGGAACAGCUUGUGAAGACUGUGCAGAUAAUCUUUACGGCUCAACCUGUAGUUCUGCCUGCACGUGUGGACAUGGCCUGUGUAAUGCUGGUAUCCACGGUGACGGGAUAUGCACCUGCUUCUCUGGGUAUAAAGGCCCAAAAUGUGAUCUGGAGCUGCCGGAGUGCUCUUCUCUGCUUUGUCCACAGAACACUCGCUGUAUGCAGGGCUCGCUGGACGGGUCGCUGCGUUGUCAAUGUCUACCUGGCUACCGAACCUCUGGAGAUCAAUGCAUAUCCAUAAACCCGUGCCUGCAGCAGGUGUGCCACAUCCAUGCCACCUGUGCCCAUGUGGGGCCCAACAAGCACUUGUGUACCUGUGCCCAGGGCUACAGUGGGGACGGGCACGUGUGUGUUCCCAUAGACCCCUGUCAAACACACCUGGGGGGCUGCUCUGCUGACUCUGCACGCUGUGUGUACGAUGGGCCAGGGAAGUCUCAUUGUGAGUGUCAAGACGGGUUUGACCACCUGACAGGAGGGGUGAGCUGCAGCCUGAAGGACUUGUGCAGACCUAACUCUUGCAGCAAACACGCCAACUGUUCAACAGUGGAGCCAAACAUAGUAGAGUGCACAUGUCACGAGGGAUACGUGGGCAACGGCAAGAUUUGCUAUGGCAACAUCAUGCAGCGUCUGAACGAUCUGAACUCAGAGCCCGGGGGCCAAUGGACCGGUCAGCUCAGCAAUGCCAUCACACUCUUUGGUGCCAUUACUUGGCCCCUGAGCAACUUUGGCCCCUUCACCAUCUUCGUCCCAAUCAACAAGGGCUUCAAAGGAACUCCGCUGAUACCUCUGAUGGCUGACCCAAUGAAGGCUAAGUACCUGUGUAAGCUGCACAUUUCUCCCGUGGAGAUGCCCUAUGACAUGCUGAACAGAGGGGUCAUCUACUACACUCUGACGGGCAAGGCAGGGGAGACGGUGACAACAGAUGACGACAAGCAGCUCAAGAUCCGUAUCCAUGGCAGCAGGAAGAAGGGCGGGGUCCUGCAGUCUGAUGUCAUCGCUUCCAAUGGGAUCAUCCAUAUUAUCAACAAGCUGAUGGACAGUGUCUCACCCACGGUGGAGAGCGACAAAGAGGAGAAUCUCAUGAAGAUUCUAUCAGACUAUGGGAAGUUUUCCAAGUUCAAGGAAUUGUUGAUGAAAGCCAAUGUUGAUUCUGUAUUGGAGGAGGCUGGGCCCUCCACCAUAUUUGCCCCCACCAACACAGCCUUCGAUGCCAUGAAGGCGGGACAGCUGGACUAUCUCACCUCUAGUGAGGGAAGCACUAAACUACUGGAGCUACUAAGGAAUCAUGUGAUCCCCUCAUUCAAUUUGGAGUUCUAUAACGCUGUGAGCAACCAGCGGAUGAGGACCAUUGCCAAUCAGAUCCUCUCGUUCAAUGUGACUGAAAACGGUCAAAUCCUGGUCAACGGCAUGGCUGUACUGGAGGCAGACGUGGAGGCCAAGAACGGACGCCUCUAUUCGAUGGACGGAGUUCUAAUCCCGCCCUCCAUCGAGCCGGUACUGCCUCACAGGUGUGACAUCACAGAGAACAAACUUUUGAAGGGUGACUGUGUCAGCUGCUCAAAGGUGACCAAGUCCGGCUGCCCAUCCGGAGUGUCCACAAACACCUUCCUUCGCGGCUGUGUGUUCCGGAACAUAUUGAGUUUCAACAUCCUUACGUUUGGCUGCGCCCCCAUAUGCAACAGGACCCUCACGACACCACUGUGCUGUAAGGGCUUCUAUGGGCCAGACUGCACCCCAUGUCCUGGAGGGUUCAACACCCCCUGCUCCCGUCACGGACAGUGUUCUGAGGGGAUCGAGGGAAACGGGACGUGUGUCUGCGAGACCAACUUCAAAGGCUCCCGGUGUCACUACUGCUCCAACCCCAACAAAUACGGACCGGCCUGCGACAAAACUUGUGACUGUAUCCAUGGUGUGUGUGAUAACCGUCCCGAGGCAGACGGGCGUUGUAAGGUGGACUCCUGCCAGCAGGGUUACACUGGCCAGUACUGUGAGCGCCACACCCAGGCCUGUGGCCCCCAGGUGACCUUCUGUCAUGCCCGCGCAGAGUGUAACUUCAACGGAGGGGCAGUCAGGUGUGUGUGUAACCCUGGUUUCCAAGGCGAUGGGAUCACGUGCGUGUAUACAGAACCCUGUGCCCUUCCGCAUCGUGGAGGAUGCGAUGUGAAUGCCAAGUGUAUAAAGACAGGGCCAGUCUCACACACAUGCCAAUGUUUGGCAGGAUGGAGGAUGGAUGAGGAUGGGUGCCAGCCUAUCAAUGACUGCCUGGGCCCUGACAGAGGGGGAUGCCAUCCCAAUGCCACCUGCAUCUACGUGGGCCCUGGACAGAGCGGCUGUGCAUGCAAGAGUGGUUUCCGUGGCAAUGGGAGGGAGUGCGAGGCGAGCAAUCCGUGCGUGGCACAAAAUGGCGGCUGUCAUUAUCUGGCAAGCUGUCUCUACGUGUCCGGUGCAUGGAAGUGUGUGUGUGAGGAUGGAUACACAGGUGACGGGGAGGCGUGCUACGGCAACGUGGGACAGGAGUUGAUGGCCCUUCCUGAUGUCACUGAGUUCGCCAAAUGGGUGACUGACAUAGGCAUUUCCCAGCUGCCACUCAUGAACAGUCAGAACAUAACUCUGCUGGUGCCGUCCACAGCAGCUACAGACAAGAUGACCAAAGAGGACAAGGACUUCUGGACAACCCAGGGGAACCUACCCAGUAUCAUCAAAAAUCACAUGAUCCAAGGUGUCUACUCACUAGAUGACCUACGCGAUGCGUCCUCCAACUUGCAGCUCACUUCCGUUCUGAAGAAGGCUCUUCCUGUUACUAUGACCAAUGAGUCCACAGUGAUUGGAGGAGCCACCAUAACAACCGCGAAUGUGGCUUCAACCAAUGGACUGAUCCACAUUGUUGACACGGUGUUGGUUCCAGAGAGGAGUCUCAGUGAGGGGCUGCUGGAGCUGCUUGCACGGAGGCCAGAGUUCUCCCUGUUCAGGAGUUACCUUGUCCAUCACAACCUGACAGCAGAGAUAGAGCAGGCCUCGGCCUACACAGUAUUCGCUCCAAUAGACGGUGCUGUCCUCGAGUACCUCAAGAAUACCGCUUCAGACACCAUGGACCUGAAUACGACGCGGUACCACAUAGUGCUGUCUGAUAGGUUAAUGAAGGUAGACCUGCUGGGUGGAGCCUACAAGGAGACCAUGCUGGGGUUCUCCUACCAGCUAGGCAUCUUACCCAGGGAUGACAAGUUGUUUGUGAAUGAAGCCCGGGUAAAUGUGUCAGACAUCCUGGGAGGUAAAGGGGUGAUCCACGGCCUAUCUGCAGUACUAGAUAUCACCAAAAAUCGCUGCGACAUCCAGCAAUUCAAUACAUUUCCGGGAUUGUGUCAAGAUUGCUUCUACCCACAACUCAACUCCUGUCCAACUGGCGCUACCACAAUAGCAUUGGUCAGGAAAAAGUGUAUGUUCAGUCGGGUCUACCAGGGGGAACGGCUGCUCAGCAUCGGCUGCAGGACCAUCUGCAAGAACACUACCAUUGUGCGGAGGUGCUGUGGCGGGUUCUACGGGGAGCACUGUGAGCCGUGUCCAGGGCCCAAAGGCCAGCCUUGCUAUGGGAACGGGAUGUGCCAGGACAGGACCAACGGUACAGGGGUUUGCCAGUGUAACAAGAACUUCAACGGGACUGCUUGUGAAACGUGCCAGGAGGGCAAAUACGGCAUCCACUGUGACCAAGACUGUAGGUGUAAGAACGGCCGGUGCAACGACGGUAUCCAUGGAGAUGGGACAUGCGAGUGUGAUGCGUAUUGGAGAGGGGUCGCCUGUGAUGACAAGUUCACCAGAGAAGAGAACUGUGGGGACAGGAAGUGCCACACCAGUGCAAUAUGUGUAGUAGGUCGCUGUGAAUGUUUGGCCGGGUUUCAGGGCAACGGCACGGACUGCAAAGCGAAAGAUGCCUGCAAAGACAAUAACGGAGGAUGCAGUCCUCACGCUGUGUGUAAGAGGACUCUCCCUGGACGCAGGCAGUGCGUGUGCAACACGGGAUAUCACGGCGAUGGGAUGGUGUGUGUACAGAUUAACCCCUGCCUGGACGGUAAAGGAGGCUGCCAUGUGAAUGCAGACUGUAUUCACACCGGACCUAACAAAACGUCGUGUGUGUGCAGCCAAGGCUACACAGGAGAUGGGAAGGAGUCUUGUACGGUUAUCAACCUCUGUCGAACGAAACAAAGGGACUGCCACAGGUACGCCAGGUGUAAUAUGACUGGUCCAGGGGAACGCAGCUGCACCUGUAUGGAUGGAUACAUGGGCGACGGCAUUAGCUGUAAAGGCACUGUGGGCAAGGAGCUUCUCACCAGGAAACUGAGGGAUUUCUAUCUUGGGUUGAUGAUGGCAGAUAUCUCUCUGAAGGGCCGGGGUCCAUUCACAGUCUUUGCUCCAACAGCUGAGGCCUUCGGCCAGGGGGAGACGGCAAAAGAGUUGAGGCAUCCCUCAAAGAGAGAGAAGAGGGCCAAGAUUCUUCGCUACCACAUCGUGUCAUGUCACACCCUAUUGGCCAGCGACCUGACCACGCCCAGAAACCUGACCACUCUCAUGGGAGACGUCUUGACCAUCACCUACUCUGAGGGUACCAUCCUCAUCAACAACCUGGUGAAAGUGGUGCACAGUGAUGACCCGAGCAUCAAUGGAAUCAUCCAUGAGAUUGACACCUUCAUGAUACCAGAGAGCCUGAAGAAGGCUGAUGUGAUAGAGGGGCCAUUGAACCUCACUGAUGUGGCUGAUGGUAAUGGUUACAAGACCUUCUACAAACUGCUGUUGGACACAGAUGUGAUGACAAUGGUGAACGACCCCCUCCACCAGCCCGUGACAUUGUUCCUGCCGUCGGACCGUGCCAUGGCCGCACUGCCCCAGGAGCAGAAAGACUUCCUUUACAACACACAGAACAGAGGACACCUGCUGGAGUACCUCAAAUACCACAUCCUCCGAGACACCAAGGUGUAUGCAGCAGAGCUGGUCCACAUCGAUCCUAUACGGACGCUCCAGGGAUCCGAACUCAAAGCCAACUGUGGAGGGCUGGACAACAUAGGUGAAAUCGUCCUCAACGACGGGAACUGCCGAAUCAUCCAGAGGCACCUCCUCUUCAACGGUGGGAUAGCCUAUGGGAUCGACUGUCUGCUGAACCCGCCGAGCCUCGGGGGUCGCUGUGACAAAAAGGAAACUGUAGAUUUCCCGCUGCCCUGUGCAUUCUGCACAUCAUCAACACGCUGCCCCCCUGGGUCCAAACUCAAGGAGGUGAAGAAAUGUGACCUGCACAUGAUAGUGAAUGUGAAUAAAGGCUGCCAGGCCAUAUGUACUUUUGUUCUCUGGCAACCCAAGUGCUGUGCUGGCUUCUACGGACGUGACUGUCUGGUUUGUCCUGGCGGGAAUUCAUCUCCCUGUUUGAACCAUGGAAAGUGUGAUGACGGUCACCUAGGCAACGGCAACUGCACAUGUGACACUGGUUUCCAUGGCGACGCCUGUGAGUUGUGUAAAGAAGGCCACUAUGGACCGGACUGCACAGCAUGUAACUGCACAGAGCAUGGGUCAUGUGAAGAAGGCCUUAAAGGGACAGGCUCCUGUUUCUGUGAACAGGGCUGGACCGGGCAGCGCUGUGAGACACAACUAGCGGAGGGUCCAGUCUGCUCGCCAACCUGCUCUCAGAACGGCAUAUGUAAAGAGAACAACACCUGUGUAUGUAAACUUUUCUACGAGGGAGACGGCAUCAGCUGCAUAGUGGCCGACCUGUGUAAGUUCUGGAACGGUGGCUGUGCCCAGGGAGCUAAGUGCAGUCAGAAGGGGGAGAAGGUGAGCUGUGCCUGCCCUCAGGGACACUCUGGAGACGGCUUCAUCUGUCGGCCCAUAGACCCUUGCUCCGUCGAUGACAACGGGGGUUGCCACGAGCACGCCACCUGCACCAUGACUGGGCCGGGAAAGAAGAAGUGUGUGUGUAAGGAUAACUACAUCGGGGACGGUGUGACGUGUGAGGUGAAGGAGCUUCUUGUGAACCGUUGUCUCCAGGAGAACGGGCAGUGCCACUCUGACGCCCAGUGUACCGACCUUCACUACGAGGACAGCACAGUCGGUGUGUUCCACUUCCGGUCCAACAAAGGACAGUACAAGCUGAACUAUACAUCGGCCCAGGAGGCCUGCACAGGAGAGGGGGGAACCAUCGCCACGUACACACAGCUCUCCUACGCACAGCUGGCUGGGCUCAACCUGUGUGCGGCUAGCUGGCUGGACCAGGCCAGAGUGGCCUACCCCACCACCUACUCCAACCCCAAGUGUGGCUUUGGUCACGUGGGCAUUGUAGACUACGGCUUACGCAGCAACCUCAGUGAGACCUGGGACACCUUCUGCUACAGGGUCAAGGAGGUGAAAUGUGAAUGUAAAGCAGGUUAUAUAGGAGAUGGAUACUCCUGCACUGGAAACCUCCUGCAGGUUCUCACUGAGAAGCCCACCUUCUCCAACUUCCUCUCUCAAAUCCUGAACUACUCCCAGAUGUCCGUGUCAGGAAAACAGUUUAUGAAGCGCCUCAGUAACCUGACCAUCCAGUCCACGCUGUUUGUACCUGAUAAUACCGGACUGUACCAGAACCAGACACUGACCCACAGGGACAUGGAGUACCAUCUCUCAGAGGGCCGGGCCUUGGCCCUGAAAGACCUGACCAACGGCAGCCAUAUCCGCACCCGGCUGGGCCAAAGCCUCGUUGUCCUGGGUAUCGUUGACUUCCUCAACCCCAAGGCCCUGAGUUCCUCCCGUUAUAUCAACGACCGCUUCAUCGUCGACUCCGACAUCCUGGCAUCCAAUGGGAUCAUCCAUGUGCUGCAGGGACCCCUCAAAGCCCCACCCCCUUGGAUAGUGCUCCACGCGGGUCACAAGGCAGGGAUGGGGAUUGGAGUUGUGCUGCUGAUCACGCUGAUGGCUGGGGCUGGGUUCGUAGGCUACCACUUCUACACCCACAAGACCAAACCGUUCCAGUUCCACUACUUUAAGGAAGAGGACGAGACGCCUCCAGACUGCAACCCUGCCAUCUGCAACCCCAACAUUGUUAACCCCACUUAUGACUCCACCCCUGCCACAAGUGAACCAGUACCAUCUGAGCUCCCUGAGGAGGACAAACACCAGGUGGUAGAGGGUGGCCCGUAUGACCUGCUCCAGGACUGCUGAGAGAGACACACGUCACAGUCCUCACUCUCCCUCUGAUAAAGAGGAGUGCUGCUACAUGUUGUACACAUGUUGACCAGUGGAGGGCAGCACUACAGAAAUGUUUUCCGAUUGCACCGACAUAUGAAGCAUUUACCAUGAAUACGGGAACAUUGCCGUUAAAUUUAAAUAGCGCUAAACUUCCACGACACAGCUUGAAUCGAGCCCGAAGACUAUCCUCCUCAGACAGUUGGACAGUGCCCUAGGAAG